CGCCCCACUUGCCGUCCUUGGUACAUGGGCGUACAAUGUCCCAGCCAUUUGGGUUUAGUGCACUUCUGUCAUUAGAAUCUGUAAACCAGUGUCUGUAAACCAUACUACACUCCGGCCGGAGCACCGCCUCAGAAUAUGUAACAAGCCAGGCUUCCAAUCUCGGAAUUCUUCUGGCUAACCGGCAUGCCCCCCGCACACCCUUCCCUCCCCCCUCCCUCUCCUGAUUGUGCCUUCUGGAAGGUCACAAUCACCAAAACUCGGUUGUAUUCUUUCCCUUUUCUGACCCUCUGGUACUUGUUUAUACCAUAUACACUGCUGAUUCAUCCCUGUAAUACUGCCUUAUGGCAGCUUUUGUUUUCAUUAACAGUCCUAUCGCUUCACUUGACAUCAGGUACCUCUCCCGUGGCCGCGGCUCUCUUGGGAACAGGGGCCGUGCCUGUUCGCAUCCCCAGGAAUUUCAGAUCGAUGCCGCAUGUAAUAGUUGUCGGUAAUAUUUAUUGCACCAGUGUCAGCUGUUUGUCUUAAUCAGCGGCAGCCACGUAUGACUGAGCGUUGACUCUCUGGUCUGGAGAAACGAAGCCGAGGAUUUCUGCAGGGACUCCUGGCAUCCCUUUCCUGCCUCGGUUAGCGCCUUUGGUGGUAGGCCUUCGUCACCUGUACCCACAGAACGAAGCUGUGGCUCAUCCAGAUCCCCGGGUACUUCGGAAUGCGUCUUGCUGCCUCUUCGCGUGUUCUUGAAGACAGACUUGCCAGCUGCGAACUCACUUUCAGACAAAUAAUAGUCUCAUCAUAAAGACACAGACAGGAGCUGAGCAGUUCUCUGUCUCCUUACUCUGUCUCUACUUGGGGGCAUUUCCAGUUUGCACCCCGGCCUGUGAACACAUGGCCUGAGGGAAACACUCCUGGGCAGCGUUUCUCCAUUAGCUGGUGUUUAGAAAAACCUCAAACAUUUUUUCUGAAAAUUUUAUAGAGAAAAUAGUGGAUGUGUUUGAAAUACAAACGAGGGAAAUAAGUGGCAGUUUUGAGAAAUGGCAGUAACUGGGAAUAUUUGAGUAAAAAUAUGAACAAUCUAGAGAACUUGUGAUUUGGGGGGAAAUCUGUAAAUCCAGGCAUAUUGAGUUACUUACUUUUCGCUUUUCAAUGUACUAUAAAUUGUUUCGUAUUUGUUUCUAACAGGAAUUGAGCUAGCUUUUCCGAUAAAAGUAUAAAAAUAUGAUAAUGCAUAAAAACCAAUUUGGUUCAUAUGCCAUUAACCAGAUUGGUUCUGACUUUUGGAAUUUCAAACUAACUCUUCUUUUCUUUUUAGGUUGCCUCUUGGUGCUGCAUUGGCCGUAUUUGGCACCCAGAAUGCUCCAUUCUGUGAUGAUCUAUUAAUAAGGUUACCUUGUAGAGUUUGGAGCAGGGCCUCAGGUAGGUGGCUUUUAUCAUUAUAUGGCAUGGCUUUCAAAGUGAUCCAUUAUUUCAGUUUUUAAAUAAUUUAAGACGUCACAUUAAAAGCUUUGAAAAGCAUGCCACAUAAUAAGCAUGCCACUUACUAUUUUAAGGUCUAUCAAUACGUAUUGUGUUCAGCAGGACUUUAUUAAUAGUUAUAGUCUGAUGGAAGGAUUGGAAUACUGGCAGUGAGCAGUGUCCCUUUGUGCACAAAUUGCAUCGCUGCUGUAAAAGCUUACUUGUUCAUCUUCCCCAAAUAGCAGAUGAACUCUUAAGCUCCUCUUCUCUGAAUCUUGCUCGGAGUGAUAGACUGUCCCACGUUACCAGUCUAUCUCCUUUCUGUCUACUGGGAGGGGUCUGAUUAACUACGGGCAGGUGGGGAGGGCUGCUGUCUCUGCUUGCUGGGAUGGGGCAGAUGCUAGGAUAAGGGACCCAGGGGGACAAGAGCAGUUUGCUAGCCUUGCUGGAAAAGGGACACACCCAGGCAUCUAGAUCUCCCGGCCCCUAGGUGCAGCUCAGUGGCACAGCGUCGAGGUGUAGAGAUACUUGGACAUCCAGGCACCCGUGGAUGUGGUACCAGGUAAGUCUGUCGGCAGGACUUCUGAUGCAGGAUUGAGGUUUAGAGGCCAGGACCCUCGGCCCUAGGAGAGGUAGAAUGAUAAGAACAAAGAUGGCCGUGCCAAGUGCCAGACGAUGGGCCCAAGGUCACGAGCUCCACUGAGGGCAGGCAGGGACCCAGCUCUGGGGGGAAGAAGGAUGCAGGCUCGGAGCCGGCGAGGUCCCACAGUAUACGUGAACAGAGCUUUGUCAUCAAGUAAAAGGUACAUAAAUUAAUCUGGCUGAAAUUCCUAAUCACAGUAUCUGUGAAGAGUAAGCAUUAAAAAUCUAGUUAGCAUACUGUUUUGAGUCAUUUGUAUAUUUGUACAGUCCAUUUUUAAGAUAUAUGAGAAGAUGUUCCUAGUUUUUUAGUGUUACAGGCUGUGGAUUUUUUUGUCCACUAGGUUUUGUUGAAACUGUUUUAGCGGCUAGAAAAAAAGAAAACUGUUUUUCAUUACUUUUCCUUAGCCAACGACAUUUAUGUAGAUUUUCCCGUUUUGAUUUCUCUUGUGUCGGUAAUCCCUCAGACGUUUUCUCUGACAUUUUCAACGUCAUUUCAACGUCACAUUUUAAUUUCACGUGAAGAACAUCCUCUUUAAAGAAUUUGAGUUUCACUCUGUUCCUUUUUCUUUCCUAUAAAACUUCAUGGGCUGUUUCCAAACGGUAAAUCGUAAUCGACGCGGUUGCAUGCGCUCAAGGAGGUAUGGAAUAGAACAUUUGAAAGCAGAGAUGUUCUGAAAAUGCAGGCCGACUGAGCACCACCCAGGCAUGUCUCUGCAGUGCCUGACGGGUCACCUGCAGGCCUCUGAGUAGCACAUGCCCACGUGUCCCUGACUUUCAGCGCCCCCUGACUGAAACAGGAGGGACCCCCAGGUGGUCGUGAUGGUCCCCUUGGUUCCCUUCCACUCCUCUGCCAGAACAAACUAACAGCUUCGUUCUACAAGCCGCCUUCUGAGCUUGCUUUACGCUGAUCUGAAAUUUCAGAAACAUCAAAACACGUUUGUUUACCUGCUCGUUUUGAUUCCUGAAAUUCCUUAUCAGGACUGUGGUUGUGGUCAACAGAUAUUUAUCGAACAUCUACUACAUGCCAGGACACUGACCAGGUGCUGGGGGUAUAAGGAUAAGUAACAGUCUCCCUGCAGAUGAAUUUAGGAUCCCCGGGGGAGAGGCAAGUAAUUCCAAGAAGAGCUUUACCGGGCACAGGCUUAAACUCCGAGAGGUAAAGUUGUGAAGUUCGUUCUCGCUCAAGUAAAAUCGGCCAAGGAAUGUAAUUAUCAACCCUCUUCUCAUUGCCAUGGCCGGGGCGGUGCACCUGCCCUCUGGAGGUGGAGGAGGGAGUGGCCACCCUGACCUGACCAUUCUGCCUAGACCUGAUACUAUUUACUCAACUAUAUAGGAAUAUAUAGAAGCGGCUGUUGCCAGAAUGGUUGUGUCCUGUCUGGACGGCCACAUGGGCGUAACUUAGGGAGUCAUGACAUGCACAGAGCCUUACCUGGAUGCGGGCUGUCUUCCUGAUACAGUUUAGCGUGGCUCAAGAUUUUGCACACACGCUUAACACUUAUACCUCUUUGUAUCCCAUAGCACAAGCCUGUCUUUAAAGUGCACUUUACUUUGAGAUGGCCUCAAACUAAUUCUCUGCAUGAGCUUUUGUAACUAUAAAAAACUUUUCCUUUCUCGUCACAUGUGCUUUCAUGUGUACUGUCUCUGCCUUCCCGUUGGCAUUUUAGGCAUAUGCAGUACGAGUGCUUGGAGAGUUCAGACCCAAAGCCUGGAGGAUGCUGUUUGUCAUUGAGUAGUGUCAGGCGGGCAGCCGUAAAUGAAUGGAGGCAUGUUCUCCAAAGGUCGGGGGCCCAUCAGUGUCAACAUUUUGAGUUGAUAUCAGGCAUUUUUGUUGUAGCCCCGGGAACGUAGGAAUGAAAACAACCCCUCACAGUUUGGGAGAUAGGCAGUUUUCCGAGGGAGCGGACCUGUGAGUUACCUACCUACUUUGUACCUAGCGAGAGCACCGAUAUCCUGGAAAUGUUUCAUGCCAAAAAAAACAAAGCCAGGAAAACCUCUAAGAACAGUUAAAGUUUUGAUUAAGCAAUCUUUGUAUUCAGAUGCAAUUGCGAUUCUUCACUCUUUCUCAGGCACCAUUGAUUCCCUUGUGCACAAUUGCCCUCUCAUUUCCUGUUUGCAAAUACUGACUAAAAUUGCCCUUUGUGAAGAAAAUGGAAAUACCUGGUAUACCACCCAUGUGUAUUUUUUUAUUUGCUUUUUUUUAAGCAGGUUCUUUUUUUUUUUUUUUUAAUGUGUAUUUAUAUUUGAGAGAGAAAGGGACAAUGAGAGAAAGAGGGGAGAGGCAGAGACAGGGAGAUACCAACUCCAAAGCAGGCUCCAGGCUCCGAGCCAUCAGCACAGAGCCCGACGCGGGGCUCGAACCCACGAGCCGUGAGAUCAUGACCUGAGCCGAAGUCGGACGCUCAACUGACUGAGCCACCCAGGCGCCCCAUUAGUUUUUUAUUUGGAUGAGAAUAUACAGUCUCGGGGGAAGAAUCCUCCACAUACUAGUUGAAAUGAAAUGCUAACUUCUAAGUUAUGGAUCAUUAAAAGAGAGCUUUUAAAAGAGAAGAAAAAAAUUUUAACAUGACAUUUAUGUUCUAUAAAAUGAAUAACCAAUGAAAACAUUUCAGAAUUGGAAGAUAAAAUUUACUUGGAUAUUCCAUCUUCAUCAGAUUGUCUGUUCCUCCUCGCUGGAUACUCUAGAAAAUGUAAUAAACAGCCAUACCCGGGUUCAAGGUGGACCAAAAAGGAACAUCCUAAUUGUACAGAGAGAGAACCGAUGUUGGAGUGUGUUGGUUCCACUUUGGAAUUGGUUGACUUUUUCCCGUUGGUCCUUAAAAACAAAUAGGUCUGCUUUUUCCCUUCACUUCUCUGUUGGCUUCUGGUAUUUGAUUUUUAAAUAUAAGGCCCUCUACCUAUCAGUAAAGCUAAAUUUUAUGGUAAGUUUCAAAAGGGUUGUGUUAGAACUACAUUUUAAUGGAUUGCUCCAAAGUUGAAAACAUCAAGUACCGUUAUUCAAAACAGGCAGUCUUAUUUUUACUAUUUUAGUUAACUAUGAUUUCUCCGGGAAAAUAAAUACAGUAAUUUUAAGUAUUUUGAGUAUGAGGCUUGUUAUUUGAGUGCUCACAACUCUGGCGGGUCAGGUGCCAUCCCAGCUCUUGGCCGUGUCUCCCUUUCUAGUGGCUUAUUUAGUUUAUUGGACCAAAUUGUAACUGUACUAUAUAAUUUUUUACUUGAACAUAGAUAACGUAUAUUCUGUCCUAUGUCUGUUCCGGUGAUCGAGCAAGCCUGUAAGUCCGUUUUGACGCUGGAAGGCACGUGCCCUGCUUUAAUUAUUUUCAUUCAUUCAAAAAAAUGUUUACUUUUAUGAGAAACAGCAAUGAAUAACACUGACACAGCUCCUGCCCCACCGUCUAUUUUUAAUAGGCUUAGGUCUUUGUAGUUGCAAGAUAAUAUUUUUCCUUUUAUUAUUCAUUAAUAAGAGAUUUUACAGACUUACAGAAAUUGAAUGCCGUAAAAAUUUCCACAUUACAUUCACAGUCAAAAAAGCGUUCUGAGUAUGCCAUCGCCCUUACUUCAGAAUUGGUCCUCGGUUAUGUUAUCUUGUUCAUUUCUUCCACAUUCUUCAAAGUUCUGUUGUGUUUUGUACUUGUCAGUUAAAGUAUUAACUAUUGGUAAGUUUCCUUUUGCAAGCUACCUAUCUAUCCGAAAAACAUGUUUGAAGCAAAUGUUGACGUUUUCUGCAUUGUUUACUAACGGUGUUUUAUGAUUAACACAUGGGAGAAUAAACACAGCUUUGAUUAUCGAUGGCAUUUGCCCUUAAUUAUCAAAGUACAUGUUUGACCUUUAACUUAAAUACGAAAGAAGUAUUGAUGCAGGUAAGUGUUGUAAAAAUUCACAGCUGUUAGACAAAUGACAAUCAGAACUGUGGAAUUUAAAAGCACAGAAACAGUUUCAGUACAGGGCUGUUCUUAGGCCGGCGUCCCCAGAGGAAUUUGUUUUAGUAGACCCUCUGAUGUAUGAUUCAUUUUUGCUUGUUAUGUUUCCGUGUGAGUCACUGUUUUAGAAUGUAAAACAUAGGAAGAUGAACAUGUGUGUGUACGCUGUUUUUAUGUGUGCAAGUUGCCCUAGAAAAAAACGUGCGUUCUUAACACCAGCAAAAACUGGAAGAGCAUUCUGAGGUGUUAGUUUCUAUUUGAAACGGGUAGAUGUACCUUUUCUACCUGGCUUCCCAAUUCUUAGAUCAAGGCAAAGGAGAAUUGUAAUCCUCUGAAGAACAUGGUAACCGCUCUUUGACGCACAAAAAAGAAAGAUAGGAGUACACAUUUUGCUGCAGACUUUUCAGAACGGUAGUUACAAUACUUUUUAAAAGUUGUUCCUGUUCCCGUAAAAAAGAACCCAGCAGUAACUUGAGUUGACUUUUAGUUAGGGUUACAUAAAUGUGAACUGUAUAUUUUUUAAUGCUUAGUUUAUCAAGCUCAAUAAUAAUGAAGUCUAACCAGCUGCUGGUUUCCUUUGUUUGAGGAAAUAAUUAGCAGCCCUUUGAAAUUAUUUGGUCAUUCAUAAGAGCCCAAAAUAGACUGAAUUUAAGGAAAUUAACUGUGACUUUAGAAUUAUGUUUUGUGAUAGAAUGAAUGAAAAUGAUGGCUUUAUGAUUUUAUUUCAGACUGUAAAAUAUGUAAUAUUUUGAAAUAGUAAUAUUUCACAUCAAGAUUCAGAUUUUAAACUAUUGACAUACUUCAACUCUAAAGGAUUUUUAUUAUAAAUGACAUUGAAGAGUAAGCGUCCAUGAAAUUUUUAUGCAUCUACUUGAAAUGCAACGAAAUUUCUCCUGGUCAGGAAAACUACAUGAAUGUAUUGUUUCCUGGUCCACUUUGGUUUUUACACUUUUUUCCUACCCAAACCACCAUCCACCCAGAUAGGUAUGCUGUUGUUAUUUUAACCGUUGCUGCAAUUACUUAAAAUUUACUUCGAAAACUGCCUUUAUUAAAAGAAGCAAAGUCUUCUAUUUGUUUCCUUGGGGGGAUCGUACUGGCAGCUCCGAUCGGGGGAACAGCACUGUUCCCUGGUCUUGUCUUUUAAGUGUCACCACGGGAUUUAUCCACUGGCAAACUCGUUUGCCGACCCGUCCUCCUCCUAGAACGCAGGCCUAUAAGAGCGAAAAAGGAAUUUUAGGGCUUCUGCCACCUCUUGACCACAUACGUGCUGUCAGGAUAUUCAGCUUCUUUGGGCCUCUCCCCUUAAAAUGGCAGUGAUGAUAAAUCCACCUCUCAGGUCCACUGAGUCCCAGGGAGAUCAUAGAGAUGAAAACACUCUGCACUUGUAAGGUAUUUAUAUUAUUGAAAUAACAUAAUAUACAAAACAGGCUUUCAUGUGCUUAACUACCCUACCAAAACCUCAGUAUGUGCCCUGGGCAAGUAAGUAUUUACAAAGUUAAUUUUAUUAUUUUGCAAUUUUGAUGUGCAGAAUUCAGUUCUUCCAUUUAUGCAUGUCCUGUGCUUUCCAAAAGAAUGGAGCUUUCACUUUAACUUUUUAAAUAUCUUUUAUUAGUCACAAUUUUUAUUUUUCUUAUUUUUUAAACUAUGAGAAUAAUGCUGCUUUCAAAUGUACUUUUAGUAGUCUUGUAAUGAUGCUUGAAUGUCCUCUAGUAAAUAUUUUAUUUACACAACAAACUUUUAAAAGUAUGACAGUUUGAUUUCAGGGGAAAUUAAUUAGAUUUGUGUUUGGAACGUUAAGUAAAAUUAUUUUCACUUAACUUGUCAUUAGGGAAUCCUUUCACUACUAUAUUUUAACUGCUUGAUUUCUGUUACCCCUCUCGUGUUCUUACAGUCACGAUUGCUGAACAUUCGCCUUUCAAAUAUUCAGAGUUUAUUAAUCUCUCUGUGCCCUGUAGUCGCUACAGUAGAGAAUCGUAGUUUUUUCUCUGCCUCUUGACCAUUCUUUUCGCAUUUACUUGUACAGUCGAGAAUGAUUAACAGAUUUGUUUCCUGCGCAUGUCCUCAGUUUACUGAAGAUCAUGCUAAUAGGCAUUUUGUAAAGAUACGUUGAAGAUCUUUCGACAGUGACCUUUUAAAACCCAGCGACGCUCCGUUCCUGAUGCCUCUGCAGCCCACCUGUGUAUAACUUCCCUUGCAUGCUUUUGAGAUCCAAAGAGCACAGAGUUAUCGCUACAUUUCAGCCAUCCUGCGCAGCAUUCCGAGAAAUAAACUGGCAGGUGUUGCAGGUGACCGGAGUGUAGCUCCGAGAAGCCCACAAGUGUGUGCACUGUGGGCACACAAGGUGCUGGCUUCAGGAGUCUGCUGUCCUGUGGUGAGGUCCCAGAUGCCCUGAGUUCGUCUCUUCCGUACUAGUAUUAAGCUCAACGAAACGCUGAUCGGUUCGGUUUACAAAGAGCGACUCUAACAUCCAUUUCUCUCAGUAGGCAAGUUAGAUUUAAAAAAUUAAAUUGAAUUUGGGAAAGAAGUGGGGAGUCAUUCAGCAUCACACAAUGCCAUUUAUGUAGGUAAUACUACUUUACUUUUUGUUUCUGCAUUUAUUUGGUCAUGUAAACGUGCUUAGAACUAAUACAAAUUUGCAACUGGUGAAAAUUAAUGCAUGACUUAUCAGCAGAGUAUGGAAUGUAAGCAUGUGCCAUGAAAUUGCAAUUCUCUCGUUCUUUAUCUUCUAUCGCUUACGUGCCGGUCCCGUUUAGAGUGUAGUCCACUCUUAUUUUUUGUUUCAUAGAUUGGCCAAAAUGGGAAGGACUGGAUUCCGCUCUCUUCCACGAAGAGUCAAUGGGACUGGCUGAGAUCAAGGUCUGAGGCUCUUUCCACCUGUCACCAGUCCCUUUUUGCUUUCUUUUACGACCACAUGAAACUUGAGAAGCCACCUAAAGCUAAAUCAUUUAGUGGAGUUGGGCAGUUCCCAAGUGUCCAACAAGAAGGCCUGCUUUAGGCUGCGAUGGCCACUGUCAUUCCUGGUGAUUUGUCAGAAGUAAGAGAUACCCAGAAAGUCCCUUCAGGGAAACGUAAGCGUGGUGAAACCAAACCAAGAAAAAACUUCCCUUGCCAACUGUGUGACAAGGCCUUUAACAGUGUUGAGAAAUUAAAGGUUCACUCCUACUCUCACACAGGAGAGAGGCCCUACAAGUGCAUACAACAAGACUGCACCAAGGCCUUUGUUUCUAAGUACAAAUUACAAAGGCACAUGGCCACUCAUUCUCCUGAGAAAACCCACAAGUGUAAUUAUUGUGAGAAAAUGUUUCACCGGAAGGACCACCUGAAGAACCACCUGCACACGCACGACCCUAACAAAGAGACGUUUAAGUGUGAAGAGUGUGGCAAGAACUACAACACCAAGCUCGGCUUCAAACGUCACCUGGCCCUGCACGCCGCCACCAGCGGUGACCUCACCUGCAAGGUCUGCCUGCAGACGUUCGAGAGCACAGGAGUGCUGCUUGAGCACCUCAAGUCUCACGCGGGCAAGUCGUCCGGCGGGGUCAAGGAGAAGAAGCACCAGUGUGAGCACUGCGACCGCCGCUUCUACACCCGGAAGGACGUCCGGAGACACAUGGUGGUGCACACUGGAAGAAAGGACUUCCUCUGUCAGUACUGUGCACAGAGAUUUGGGCGGAAGGAUCACCUGACUCGCCACAUGAAGAAGAGUCACAACCAAGAACUUCUGAAGGUCAAGACGGAACCGGUGGACUUUCUCGAUCCAUUCACCUGCAACGUUUCCGUGCCUAUCAAAGACGAGCUCCUUCCGGUGAUGUCCUUACCUUCCAGUGAACUGUUGUCAAAGCCAUUCACAAACACUUUGCAGUUAAACCUCUACAACACUCCGUUUCAGUCCAUGCAGAGCUCGGGACCCGCCCACCAGAUGAUCACAACUUUACCUUUGGGAAUGACGUGCCCGAUAGAUAUGGACGCUGUCCACCCUUCUCACCACCUUUCUUUCAAAUACCCCUUCGGUUCUACCUCAUACGCGAUUUCGAUUCCUGAAAAAGAGCAGCCGCUAAAGGGGGAAAUUGAGAGUUACGUGAUGGAGCUGCAAGGCGGCGUGCCCGCCUCAUCCCAGGAGUCCCAGGCAUCAUCAUCUAAACUGGGGCUGGAUCCUCAGAUCGGCUCCCUAGAUGAUGGCGCAGGGGACCUGUCCCUGUCAAAAAGCUCGAUUUCCAUCAGCGACCCCCUAAACACACCAGCCUUGGACUUUUCCCAGCUGUUUAAUUUCAUACCCUUAAACGGCCCUCCCUAUAAUCCUCUGUCGGUGGGGAGCCUCGGGAUGAGCUAUUCCCAAGAGGAGGCGCAUUCUUCUGUGUCUCAGCUGCCCCCCCAGACCCAGGAUCUUCAGGAUCCCGCAAACACUAUAGGUCUCGGCUCCCUGCACUCACUGUCCGCAGCGUUCACGAGCAGCUUUAGCACAAGCACCACGCUCCCGCGUUUCCAUCAGGCUUUCCAGUAGGAGUCCACGACGUGGCCCGAGCGCAGAAAUCUGUGUGUAGCCCUGCCUUAGGUGACCGUUUGUAUUUUAGUGCCUACGUUAAAACAGCAUAAACAUUUCUGCUUUUGUACAGUACCGAUUUUCAUUAAGCCGGUAUGACAUAGAAACAAGCUUUUUAUAAGUGAGCUGCGGAACCGUUUGCGUUCAGUUCUGUUUACCUGGGUGUUUUGUCCACGCUCACUGCCAAUUGUCCUGUUUUAAGACGGUUUUUCCUCUAGGGGAGCCAUUGUUAUCAGUAGCGGUAAAGUCUUAACGAGUCCCACGUUCAAAUUACUUUUAGAUCUUAAAAUGUCCAGUUUUGUCCAAUAACCAUGGCUCUGCCUUUUGACAUUUGGCUCGUUAAAGAGUUUUGCAAUAGGAUGUAAAUUUUCUAAAAUGUAUGUGAAUAACCUGAGAGUUUUUAAAUUUUUACUAGUCUCUAAAUGGAUUCAUAAGCAAAUGUUUCAAAUGAAUUAAGAAUCCAGUUUGGGGAGAUGAUAGAUGUUUCUUUAGCUAUACCAUAAUUUCAGGUCAGUAUAUUUUGAAGACUUUGCUAUUGUCUGGCUCGGAUAUUUUGCUGUCUUUAUUAUGCACACGUAAGGAAAACGAAACCUAAACACAAAGCACCAGUAUUUAUAGCAAAAAAAAGACUCCUGGGAAGGUGACACAGCAUUCCAUGUUACUCAGUAGUUGGCCUUAAAUCAGUACACAGGAUAUUUUUUGCCACGUUUCAAAGUUGCUCUCUUUCCGAUUGAAUAGUGCUAGCCACGUUACGGCAUGGGACCCUUCAGAGUCAGUGUAUGGAUCGAUCUCUGGGCCCCUUAAUCCUUUCCGCCUUUCGUGGCCAAAGGGUGGGUCAAGUGCAGUCAGCGGUUCUAUUUUAAAAUGUCGGUCCACAGCCCAGAAUCGAGAGCCAUUGUGGAACACAGGUGUUAGGUGUGUUUAUCCCAGAGCGGACCGUCUCUUCCUGGAUGGCGUGAUAGAUAGACUGCUAAGAAGGCAGAUGUGUGAUGUAAAGCACUUGGUUCGGCUCGGGAACCUGUCUAGGGAUCAUGUCCCUUGUUGCCAGGGUUGGAAACUAGCCUCUUGAGGCGUAAAGUCAGAGCAUAUCGCUCACGUCACUCUUACUUAACGUGAAAGCGACGAUCGAGAAGAGUGUGUUCCCUGGACGCAGCAGUUCUUAUGGGCUUUCCUGCUAGUAGACAACCACCAGCAUCUUUCUGAAGGUCACAUUAUAUUCUUCUAAGUGUUAGCUGGGACAUCCGCCUAAGAAACAUAUCUAUUAAGCACUUGUUGACGCCUUAUUUGGGGACCCUGUCUGUUGGGGUGGGUAGGAGGGGGAAGGUUUAUAGAAGAGUGUAUAUCUCUUGAAAAAAAAAAAAAAAAAAAAAAGAAAAAGAGAAGAAAAAUAUUUCUGAGUACUCAUGAGCCCUGUACGGAAGCUUCUUUUUUUCACUCACAGGGCCGAUUAUCACUGCAGAUUGCGAUGUUUACCCAGAAUUUCUAAACAUGAGUGCAGAUUACGGAAUAUAAUACAUUAUUUAAAAUAUUUGGGAGUAGUAUAAUUUGUGGAAAAAUGUAAAUUGUAAUAAUGUAAAGGGGGGGUUUCACUAUAUAUAUUAUACACACACACAUAUAUCGCACUUCAUAGAACCAGAGUUGCUCUCUUAAGGGAGCUUUGGCUCCUGAUAUUUUAUCAUGCUCCUAUUUUUUUUUUAAAUUCUAGGAGCAGUAGUUUUUAUACUUAUGUAUUUAAAUUUUAUUAUUAAAAAUUACAUUUUAUAAAAAGUGUGUUCCAAAGGCAUUAAAAUUAUAUAUGUUAAUAAGGAAAUACAUUUAAAAUUUUUUUCAAACUGCUCCUAAGCUUUUGAUUAGGAGACUAUUUGCUCUGAAAGUAGGCUUUUAGCUCUGCUUUAUUACUGCUUCCUUUAGUUUCUAUGAAACAGAUUGCUUACUUAAAUCAUUAGUUGAAUGAUUAGUGUUCAAUAUUGCUUUAAUCACCAUUAAAAAAAAAAAGGAAAAAGAAAUUGGUGACAGAGCACAAAUAAAUAGAAAACCUAUUUUUAAGUAAACGUCACAAAUACAAGCGUGGAAGCACUACUUUGUCUAAAAUUUGCUUCAGGAGAAGUCAAAUUAAUGACCUGAGACGCUGGCCUUGGUAGGCUGUAUGUCACUGCUCAUAAACGAUUAAAAAGGGAGUACCAGGAUUUAUGCAGCAAAGCAUUUUGGAAAUGGGGAAUGGCACCAUAUGCGUGUAUAUCUUUUUAGCCUAAUUCUCGCCCUGCACGGAAUUCAGAUACACGGAGGCAUUUCUUUCAGGGCACCUGGGUUAGAAUUGUAGAGUCUUAAUAUUCACGUGAACACCCCUCUCUGCCUGUUGCUGCCUCACAGACUUGAAAUAACGCUUCCGAGGAAGAGGGACUUUCAGCUCUCUUGUUUUUCACAUUGACUCUACUGGUCACCAGACCCUUUUGGAGAGAAUUUCUGUUAAACACGAGGCAGCCUCAUUUACUUUAAUUGCACAACGGUCUGACAAGGAUGCAACACAGAACUGGCUCUUUUUUCCUAGAAAAAGAAAAGUGGACAUGUGUUUUUACAUCACCUGGAUGUGUUAAAUAAAAAUAAUGAUUGCCAAUGCUGUUUUUCACUCUCCCCGUGGCCAGAAGCCUCAUCCUUGACAUUUCUAGUAGUGCCUUUGCUUGGUUUAAAAAAAGAAAAAGCAAAAAAAGGGAUUAAGGAGAAACAUAAAAAUAAUUCAGUUUCUUAGAAUUUGGACCUCAGACAAGAUAUUGAACCUCAUUCAGUUUGAACUUCCACACGCGUGCACAGAUUCGAUCCGCAGACACAGAAGCACGAGUGCGGAAGGGUCUUGGCACCGUAAGCAAUAUUAUCCACUGAUGUAUGCAAAUAUCAUCUUCAUAGUAAAGUGGUCACUGUUACAAUUCACAUUUUAAACUCCUAUUACCGAGUGCAGUUUGCAAAACUCCGGUCGUCCUGGCUGAUCACACAUCACUCUUUGUGCAACUUUUUCGUUUCAUUUCGUGUUUCUUCCCGGCUGUGUAUUUCUGCCUAUUUGUUGCUUGUGCUUUAUUAGUCAUUUGUGGAAUAUAGUGAUAUAUUGUGUUAAUUGGGACAGUAGCGGUUUUUAAAAACCAUAUACUGACUGAAACAUGAGCCAGAGCUGACUGCUUUAUUAAGCUAAUAAUGAAUGUUAAAAGAGUACAUAAUUCAGGAUCGUUCAUCUAGUAAGCAAUACACGUAUAUAGGCCAAUAUUUUUUUUUUUUAAAAAAAUAGAGCUUGGUCAACCUCUAUACUACACAUAUUACAAGAUAUAGCACUUUCAAAACGAAUCUAAACCUUUACAGAAACUUUCUUAUAGGUUAUGCCUUUUAUUUUAAGACUUAUUAUAAUUUGUUUCAAGUGCCAUUAGAUGAUAUAUAUGUAGGCCUUUGAUAUAUAAUGCUUUGUGUUCAAAAAUGGUAGAUGGUAUUUUAAACAGGUACAUUUUUACAGUGUUUUCUUAUCAAUUUGCUAUAUUGCACAGAAUCAGUGUGUGUCUUUUCAUAAGGUUUUACAAUGGUUUAUUUUUUUACAAGGUUUACGUGUCUCAAAACACACUGUCUUCCCAGUAUGUAAAUUAAAGAAUACCAGUUCACCCAAGUUGCUUCUAGCCUACUGAGAUCCACGUGACAUUGGAGGAGAUCUUCUAAAUGGCGAGCAUUCGUCAUUAGCAAUGGCAGACUGUUGUCUCUGACGAGUAGCGCCUCAGUUGACUCUGUCUUCUUUUUCUCACAGGGUGUCAGCAGCCAUGCCUACACCACAGAUAGUCUUGCUGUGAUCACCUAGAUCCACGCGAGUCGUGUUGUGUAGUUUUGUGCUCAGAACCCUCCGGGGCGCCCUUUCGAUCACGUAGAGCAGACCCGUGCCACCGGCAUUGGUAAAGGCACACGUAGGCCCUCAUCCCCCUUAGGCCCUUCUACAUUAUCAGCCCUCUGAGGAUGGAAAGGCAGUGUCUUUUGAUAAGUGCUCUAGCUCUAGAAAUGACAAGAACCAUUGCUAACGUAUGAAACACUUCCUUGUAUAAGCUUCAGUGGUACAGACGAACCAGAAUGAAUGUUUAUCUUCUCAGAAACACUCCUUCGGUAUUAUGUUGGGUCAUGCUGCUAAUGGAACUUGGGAUACAACUCUUCAUGGUGCUACAAACUUCUCUGUCUCGUUCAGUCAUAUUUUUGUAUCCAUAGGAAAACAAGAGGACUCCAUUAGGCGUAAAGGCGUACAAUAUAUUUUUAUACUGUGACUCAAUUUGUCAUGAACAGACUUCUACGGCACCCACCACAAUGUAUUCGCGUGCACUUGCAAAAGGAAAUCUGGGACGUGCAGAUGUUACCGGAACAAACCCAGCUUUUGUCUGCGAGGUGACUAUUACUCAAAGUGAAAAGUGGGCUUCGUAAUACGGUGUGGAGUGAAGAACAUGCUGUAGGUUACUAACAGCCCUUUGAAUUUAACAAAAACUGGGAAUCCACUAGGAAAUGGAUUGCGUCGUGCCUGAGCAUAAGCUGGACUGCUGAAGUUGUACUUUUAGCUGACGAGAAAGUGUUUGGACUAGUACUCUCAAGAUGUUCUAAUGAUAAAGGUGUGAGUCAGAAUAGACCAGAAAAAUCUGCAUUCCAGGCUGAAUUUUUGUAUAUUUUUCUUGCAUUUAAAAAUCGCUAUUCUGUGAUAUGGGGAAAUCAAGUGGCUUAUCAUGUAUAUCGUGUACUUAAAAUGUAUUCACAAACUACUGUUGUAUUUGUAUAAAAUAUAGACAAAGAUCGUAUUUUUUGUGUGUGUAUAAGCUCUGUAAAAUAGCAAUCACAUUAUGAAGCUGCACUGAUACAUUUUAAACAUCCACAUCCAAAGAAGCAGGCUAUUUAUUGUCCAGUUACCCAGAUAUAAAAUAUUACUUUGCUGCUAAUUAAACAAUAGUACUGCAGCUUUUUGUGGCCUACAGUGUGAUGUUUGCUGUAAGAAAAAGAUAUGUGAACUCCACAGAAUAUAUGAAUAAAAUUCUAGAAUGGCUUUAGAUAAUGUAGCCCUUCCUGAAGUUUUAAUAGAGGAUCGAUUUCUAUUGGGUAAAGCUCCUUUCCUUCACUUCGAAUUUUAAAGAUUUUCUCCUGGGGUUAACCUAAGGUUCUAGUAGCUGGCUGGAGGACAGUGCUUGGUUGUUGAAAGGAAAUGUGAAGUUCCAGGGGUUCUUUUGUUUUGUUGGAAAACUUUUGUACCUUUCAAGGAAGGAUAGAAACUGUAAAUAAAAAACAGUCGAAAUAUCAUGCAUCAAAACUUUAAUCCAGGUGAGAGUCCAGAAAAAAGAAUUCCCACAAGGCCAUUAGAAUGUAUAAACCCAUAAUGGUUCUUGUUCCCGUGACAU